AUGCAAUCCUGUGGAGUGAUCGCGAAAGAACUUCUCCACGGAGCAGGUUUUGCUGAACACGAAUGGGAGGUCGCUAUAUGCGACUGGUUGCACGAUGGGCAGGCCCUAAGAGACAUAAAUAUUCAUAAUUGCUCGAAGCCUCCGCCCAAUAUCUUAUUCAUUCUCACUGACGACCAAGGCAAACUCAUUGGAGGGAUAGACCAUAUGCCUAAGCUGCAGGAAACCCUCAUCCAAAAAGGAGCAACCUACCCCAAACAUUACUGCUCCGUCGCUCUAUGCUGCCCAUCCCGAGCCAACCUUUGGACCGGUCGCAUGCCACACAACACUAACAUUACCGACGUGGGUCUACCGUACGGCGGAUAUCCCAAGGUCGUCAGCGCGGGUUGGAACGACAACUACCUACCCAUCUGGAUGCAAGAAGCCGGCUACGACACAUACUACGUCGGCAAACUCUGGAACUCUCAUACCGAAGAUAAUUACAACAAGCCUUAUGCGAAAGGAUUCAACGGUUCCGACUUCCUCCUCGACCCGUGGACCUACCGCUACUACAACGCCAAGAUGACCCGCAACGGCGGAAAGCCCGUCAGCUACGCGGGCCAAUACUCCACCGAUGUAAUCAAGAACAAGUCAUUGGGAUUCCUAGAUGAAGCAAUAGCAAACCCGGGUCGACCCUGGAUGCUUACCAUUGCGCCGAACGCGCCGCAUUCCAAUGGAUCUCAGGAUGCAGUGACGGGAGCAACAUGGUUCGGUGAGCCGGAGUAUGCGCCGCGACACGCGCAGCUCUUCAAAGAUUACAAGAUCCCUCGCGAUGAAAGCUUCAACAAGGUCAUUGAUGGAGCUGUGGGGUGGGUUGCCGAUUUGCCGGCUCUCACUCAGGAGGAGAUUGAUUAUAUCGACGAGUUUCAACGGUGUCGGCUGCGUGCGCUUCAGGCUGUGGAUGAGAUGAUUGGUGAGCUUGUUGAGAAACUUGAUAAGGCUGGGGUGCUUGGUAAUACGUAUAUCUUCUUUUCUACGGAUAAUGGGUACCACAUCGGCCAACAUGCUAUGCAACCAGGAAAGAAUUGUGGAUAUGAAACCGAUAUCAACAUUCCACUAUUCAUUCGCGGCCCUGGUGUCCCUCAGAAUCAGACUAUUGAGGUUAUAACCAGCCAUACUGACCUCGCACCUACUUUCCUCUCUAUUGCUGGUGCGAUGAGAGAUGGUCUAGACGGCAGGAAGAUCCCAACUACCGUUGACACCGGCAACGCCAACAAGUCCGAGCACGUGGCAAUUGAGUACUGGGGAAUUGCUGUUCCGGAGGGUAUCUACGGCUACAGAAGCGACAACGACAGCCAGCCAAGGAACAGCUACAGAAACAAUACUUAUAAGGGAUUACGCCUUGUCUCAGACGACUAUAGUCUCUACUACUCUGUGUGGUGCACCAAUGACAAGGAGUUUUACAACCUCAAGGACGACCCCUUACAAACAACUAAUCUAGCUUCCAAGAUCAACGCGCACCAGUCGUACACGAUUGCCAACCGUCACCUUGGCCAGAUCAUUCCUCGUCUCGACGCGCUAAUGAUGGUCCUAAAAUCUUGCAAUGGGGACUCCUGCCGUGAACCAUGGCGUCAGCUGCACCCGAAAGGCUCCGUGAAUAAUCUGGCUGAUGCACUAGAUGAAGGUUUUGAUGAAUUCUACUCUAAUCAGCCCAAGGUGAAAUUCUCUGAGUGUAGCCUUGGUUAUCAUAUUUAUGCAGAGGGUCCACAAGAAUUCAAUAUUUAUGGGAGUGGGCCCAAUGCGAAGCGGAGCGACGAGGGGUUGACGUUAGGAAGGAGAUGGGGAUUCUUUGAUGGAUGGCUAUGA